AUGCCUUCGUUGCUACCGGACGGGCUGCUUCCGCAGCCGCCGUCGUUCCAGAAGAAGAAACACUAUGAGAUCCACAAGGUGCUCGGGGAGGGGACGUUUGGAAAGGUCAUGCGCGCGUCAUGGCACGUCCCUCCCGACGAGAUUCAUGUCGCCCAAUACGGCGCGGCCGCCGCGAAUUCCUCUCCGACCCUCCCCUCUCCCACUCCCAGCACUCACUCCUCGCACUCCACCACGACCAAUGGCUCGCCCCUCAGCUCUCCUACCAACGGUAGCACGUCGCCCUCGGGCACAGGCACACGCCCGACGCCGUCGCGCAAGAGCACCGCAUCGAGCAUCAAGUCCUCUUAUCUGAGUGCGCGCGGCCAGUCGUCGUCCGCGGCGAGCACGAUGACGGUCGAGGUUGCGCUGAAGGUCAUCCCAAAGAAGAAGGUGAAGGGCAAUGAGAGCAGCGUGUGGAGCGAGAUGGAGGUUCUCAAGGGCUUGAGUCACCCGAAUAUAGUCAAGUUCUAUGAAUGGUUCGAAUCGAGGACCAAGUACUACCUCUCCUUCGAGCUCGCUGUCGGCGGUGAGCUCUUCGAGCGCAUCACGCAGAGGGGUAAGUUCACAGAGAACGAUGCCGUCGCCGUAUUGAAAUCCAUCCUCUCGGGCGUCAAGUACCUGCACGACCACGACAUCGUCCACCGAGAUCUAAAGCCCGAGAACAUCCUCUAUCGCACCAAGGACCCGCAUUCGGACAUCGUGAUCGUCGAUUUUGGCAUUGCGAAGCACUUGGACCAGCCGGGCGAGCAGCUCACGUCGCUUGCGGGCAGCUUCGGGUAUGUCGCGCCCGAGGUGCUCAACAAGAUGGGCCAUGGCAAGGCCGUAGAUAUGUGGUCCACAGGGAUCAUUACCUACGUGCUGCUGUGCGGCUAUUCGCCGUUCCGCUCGGACGACACUGCGGAGCUCAUCCGCGAGACGACUGCUGCGCGGGUGGAAUUCCAUGAACGGUAUUGGAGCAAUGUGUCAGAAGAAGCGAAAGACUUCAUUAGAGUACUCCUGAACCCCGACCCCCAUAAGCGGCCAACGGCAGAGGAGGCACUUAAGCACAAGUGGCUUACAUCACGCGCAUCGAACGAGCACGACCUCUCCGGCCUCCGCGAGUCCUUCAACCCCCGCGCACGGUGGAAGGCCGCGAUCAACGGGACGAUCGCCCUGCAGCGCCUCGGCACGCGCUCGAGCAUGGGCUCUGGCGGGUGGCGCACGAAGAGCCGGAGCAGCACGCUGCUCGACAGCGACGACGAGGACGUCGCUGAGAGCCCCGCGAAGAGCAGUGGGAACCACCUCGAGCUUCCCGAGGAGAACGAGCACGUUGUGGUCACCCCGCCGGCUAACGCAGACAGGCCGCCGGCGGUCGUGGAAGCGAGGGCGUGCGAGGGCGCACCGAGCCCGCCGCCCGCGCGGUCGACGCCCGAGAAAGCGAAGGAGCCGAAGGUCAUCGGCCGCGCGGAGGUGCCGCAAGCGGGGCAUACGCUCCGGCACGAGCAGGACGAGGGCGCGCGCGAGCCGCUGGAGGCGCAGGUCCCGCAGGAGGUGCACGAGCACGCGGAGGUGCGGCGGUCGACGGACAGCGUGGGCACGCGGCGGUCGCUCGAGGACGAGGAGCUCGCGAUGCCGGGCAGCUUCUAUGGCUCGGCUGGGAGCAGGGCGCAGAGGCAUAGGAGCGGGAGCCAGAGGAGCCACCGGAGUCAUGGGAGUCACCAUGGGCAUCACCAUCAUCAUCAUCAUCCGGAUGGCUUGUUGGCGGGCUUCCUUAGGAAGAUGCACCUGGGAUGA